UCCCCCCCACCCUCCGGCACCCCGAAACCAUGGAAGCGACUUCUCAGGGGAGCAGCCAGGUGCCUCCGAUCGCAACGACGCCCCCGCAGCCCGGCUUGAAAGAAGAGCUGCUGAGCCAAAGCAGCAGCGAGACGCAAAUCUCAAACACCAGCGGUGUGUCCUUGGGAGAGGCCAUUAGGCGGAGGUCUCUCAUGACUCAGGACCCAGAAGCCUGGUAUCGUCUUUGUGCUGAAACGGAUAUCAGCAAUCUCGUGGGUUGGAGGCCGGGCCAAACCCCAGGCGGCUGCAACGUAACAGAAUUUCCGACUAUGGAGGAAGGCCUGCUCACUCCCACCGUGAAUUUUAGAAGACCUCAAGCGUCUGGGAUGACCCACUCCCCCGUCCUGGAGAUGGCGGAUAGCCAACUUUCUCCCAACCUCCCACUGCUGACGACAAACGCCACUCAAGGCCAGACUUUCUUCAACGAGACCGUCUUUCAGCCGACAGGCUUGGAUUUUGCUCCCUUGAGGGCAACUCCGGAUGUUUCCACCACAGCCGCCGAGAGACCCUUGGCACAUUUGCUGAUCGGCCAAAGCGUGCAACUGGCAUCCCAAGAUGUUGGCCCAGAAUCCUCCCGGGAGGCAUCCCUCUCGCAGCAUCCCCUGGCUUUCAGCCUCACGGUUCCCAACAACACCACCCUGGGCAGCUGCUUAUCGCAACACCCUCUGAUUUUUCCUGAUUUGCCCGUACCUGCCCAGUCGGAGAAUCGGCCUAUGCUUCGUGCUGACCUUCGUGCCAAAACCCUGGACCCCAAGGAGGAGACUUCACGUCGGCCGCUUCCACCGACGUGGCCAAACCAACCCCUGGCCACGGAGCGUCUUCCGGACGAAAGUUGGAAAGCUACGCCCGGCCAGGAUUUGUUCCUUUUGGACAACAGCCUGCCAGCUCCUCUCCUCCUCGACUUGUUGGAUGACGAGAUGGGCUUACCCAAGCGCGGCGGCUUCUUAUCUUCCGAAGGUUCUUCUUGUAAAAGCGGCUCGGGAAAGGAUCCGGGAGAAAAUGAGCUUCAACGGCUGACGGUGAAUGUGGAUCUGUCAGAAAGCGCGCCCCAAUUGAUGCUAGAACCACGCCAGUCGAAAGGCCAAACCACGCCUCCCCCCGAGUUGGCCCGGCCCUUGACAGAGGCAGCGGGGAAGCCCUGGAGACGUGCCAGCGAUCCGGGAGCUUUCUCAGCAAACUUUUCUCCCGCCUUGGUGUCCUCCGGAGCUCAUCCGUUUAGUUCGCUGGAUUCUUCCGUGAUUCCCGAAAGAUCCCUGGCGCCGACUCACCAGCGGGCGGGCGAGAAAUUUCAAAGUGGGGCCGAAGAAGACCAACGAAAAUUGACACCGGCUCUGGUCGGGAAUAAACCUCGUGCUUCGUCAUCCUUCCAGCCGGUCCCGGCGGCCGCAGAUGUCAGGGAGCGGACGGACACCGGGAAAGACAUCCUAACCAGCGUGAGCCAAAACGAACUAACGCUCUCUGACGGGAACGUAGAGAGAGAGCACAGAUAUACGGGAAUCUCUCCUUUUGACGAGGCGUCCUUCGUUACACAUCUGGCUCACCCGAUUCAUCAUUCCACCCCUGGUUUUUGGACAACCAGAAGCUUGAACCGCGACGCGCCCGGCACGGCAUUCCCAUCCCGAUCAGGAUUCCAACGUCCUCUUUCUUGCUUGCACGAAGAGAUGUCAAAGACCUCGCAGGCCAAGGCGUGCAAUUCUUUGACGGUGGAGCCUCGUGGAAACCCUUGCUCGUUUCCCACGAAGGAGAGUUUUACGUCGCGUGGCGCCCCGGGCUUACCAAAUGAAAAGAGCGACGGUUUUACCGUUCUGCAGCCUCUGAAAGGCCGGAUUCAGUCCAUGCCUUCUCUGAAUUUCAUGGAGAAGGUGGGAGCGUGGCACCUGAGCUCUUCGGCUGAGAGACUGCCCGACGUGUCAGCAGUACCUGGUUUGGGUACCCCUGCACCUGGCUCUGGGGGCGUCUCCCCCAUGCGGAAGGCCUACAGCGCAAUCGCCGAUUCCUUGAACCGCAUCCUGCUCAAGCAGCAGAGUCUAGCUGACCUCAAAGCUGCCUCUUUUUAUGGGCCGAGCUCCAUGAUCGAUCUUCACAGCUCCCCAAAAGAGGUCCCUCCGCCUGCCUUGCCCUUUACCCGCUCGCAGUCGGAAACCUCGGUGAGCGCCCUCAGCCGCGAGAUUUCGAGGACGGACCUCGGGAGCGAAACCAGACCCAGUGAUGCUCUUCAGCGAGCGGACGUCUGCGCCAAUGUUUCAACGGACUCUCGGCUCAAGCCGACGGUCGCGGCGGAGGAAGCCGCCCUUCACCGAUGUUACAAAGCUGUGCCCGUCUUUGUAACGGCCUCCAGUGACGAGGAAAGUGUUAGUACGGGGAGCCAUUCGGAUCCCCUUAUUCGGAGCAGAAGGGUGGCCGAGCUCCUGCGAGGGGAAACCAGCUCGCUUGAGGGGAGCAAAGAAAAAUUGGGUGGCCCCCAAGAGAAGACGAGAGAAUUGUCGGGCUGCGGGUUUCGUGCCAGUCAAACGAGGAUGGAUUAUUUUCGAGAGCUUUCCCCGGAUCAUUUAAACCAAGGGACCGAUUCCAGAAUGGACAGCUGUACGGAUUUGAGGCUGUCGUCCAGACAGUCUUCCAGAUCUUCUCCGGCUUUGAACAAGUUGCAGAGCAGUUUGGAAGAGGAAUUGCAAGCUUCCAAUUACAGCGAGCUCAAUAUAGAUGAGAGAAUACCGGUGUACCUCCACAACCUGGGCAUUGAUCAGUCGCCUUCUUCGAUUCUGACUCCGUUCAUGCCUCGGGGACCCAUGCGAGAAAUUGAAUUCUCUCCGACGGAUCUCCGGACGUUGAAAGCAUCGUCGGAUUUAUCCCGCCUGCACCUUUCGGAAGACUCGCACUCUCCGAAAGACGCCACGCAGUUGACCUUCGACUCUUCGCUGCUGGGUGGACCCUCUCUGGCAGGAUCGACCGUUGUCUCUGACUCGUCACAACCUGCCAAGCCUUCUCCGCAACAGACCAGUGAUCUCCAGCUGAGCGGCUCUCCCUGGCACCCUUGUGCUGUCACAUCCCCGCGCACCACCUCUGUUCCCGAGUCCCAGUCUGCUCCCGGUUCAACCAAAGAGACUCAAGUCAUCCCAGGAUCUCCCUCCAGCUUGGAAAGAUCCACAACACGUCUGUCGUCGCCAGAGGACAAUUUAGACCCGGCCAAACUCGGCGCGAGUCGAGUAAAAUCCGGGUCUUCGUCUCAGGACCGUGAUGAGAAGCCUGCAAGCGAAGGAAUCCGAUCUUCGGGCACAAUUCCUGGUGGAGAGAGAGACGAUUCCUUCCCAAGGUCAAACAUCCCAGAAGAGAGUCAGAAGCUUCCAGCAGAGGUUGACUCCAGACCUUCCAGUACAAAAUUCAGAUCUCGUUUAUCCCUCUCUUCUUCUUCUUCCGGUUCGCUAAAACCAAUCGACCGCGACGAUUUAUCCGGAGAUCCUGGAUCGAUCCAGAGAAGCACGCUAGGCAUUCAAAGAGGCUGGUCGUGGGAUGAGGCCAUGGACAAGCAGGAGAUAACCGGUAGCUUAAAAUGGGAAGAUCUGCAGAGGGUGGACUUCUUCGCCGAGGAGCCAGCGGUAUCUCGAGAGCUCAGGCCGGGAUCCCAGAGAGCGAACGAAGACGGCGGGAGGAUGCAACCCCUUGCGCGAUCCGAUCCCGAAGGUUGCCCCAGGACGGCUGUGAAUCGGAAUCUCCCCAUUCCAACAGGCGGGUCUACAGAUAGUCAAGCAAGCCCUUCUUCUCCAACCCUCCAAGAGAUCCGGUCCGUUUCCAAUACGGACGACGUGUCUAAACUCUUGAGAGAUUUCCCGCGAGCCGAGCAGAAAGCGAACGGAAGUCAUCCGAAAGAGAUUGGCGGCUCGCAGGAAAGCGCCGAGAGCAGCAGCGUGGACUCUCUGGGCCUCAGAGUGAAGAAACUUCUCCAGUAUGGACAUCCUGCGAUGCACCGAACGCCUCGGAUGGAGGAGCGCGAUGGGUCCAGUGCGAAAGAGCCCUCUGUGUCGGGCACCGGCUCAGCGUUCCGCAGAGGGGACGUCGGUGCCCAAGGAAGCAAUAACGGGAGCAGCAUGGACUCGUUGGCGAUACGGGUCCAAACCCUCCUGGAGGAGGAGCAGCCUGUGCUGCAUGCAACUCAGAUACUCCGGAGCGUAGAGGAAGAAGAAGAGAAAGCCCGCGCCUGGGUGAAACUAAAACUGGCUACGGAGCCUCACUACUUCAUUCCUGAGCUGACCGAAGAAGACAGGCAGAUGAUAGAACGGAUGAAGAGAGAGCAGCUUUCGACUUCUGGAGAAACCGAACAUCUGGAGGUAAAACUCCAAACCUGGGUGAAACUAAAACUGGCUACGGAGCCUCACUACUUCAUUCCUGAGCUGACCGAAGAAGACAGGCAGAUGAUAGAACGGAUGAAGAGAGAGCAGCUUUCGACUUCUGGAGAAACCGAACAUCUGGAGAACCAGCAGUGGAGAAGCAGCUUCCGGAGACUUCCAAACGCCAACCCGGCUGCAACAGUAGAACCGGGCUCCUUGCAGAAGCCAAGAGACCACGACCUGCAAAUGGCCCUUCAGAAAUACGGUUUGCAGCUGGCCGAGUUCUCCGGGGAAAACAUGGAGGCUGCGACGGAUGGCGCCUUAACAGCCGAGCCGGAGGCCGAACUCUCCCACGGUGCCCAGAUUCCUGACUCCGGCCAACGGCAGCCACCUCCCAGUAACGCCUUGGACUCCAAAGCCCAUUCUCACCUUCCCUUGGAGGUGCAUUUCCAAGGGGCCUCGAAGGCCCCUGCGAAAGAGGACGGGAAUGUAGCAACCCCACUGGAUCUGUCCGAGAGCAGCACCUCCGUAGAAGCAGCUAUUCAAAUUACCUCUAUCACCUUCGCCUCUCGGAGGAGGUCGCCUUCUCCCGCUUCCCGCCCUCCCCGGACUCUCCUUGCCGACGUUCCCCCUCGCGAUCCCGUAUCUUUGGAAACCCGGUCCGUGAACCGGGAACGCCAGAAGUUGGGUGGCUCACAGCUGCCAAGUUACCAAGCUCGCCCUUCCGCCGGCGUCGCUUCCGCUCGCGCUUCAGAGAAGGACGUUGGAUCUCCACCCUUUGGGUCUACCAAGGUGGCCAGGGACGACCCCCGUCAAGAAGUUCUGGGUCCUUCCCUGGAGGGAUCCCCAAGAAGGGGUGCCGAGCUGAAGGACCUCGAUCGCCAGGCCCGCGAGGACGAGCAAGCUUCCGAUCCAGGUCUUGCCGAGCAGAGGCGAUACGCGAAAACGCUGGAUAAUAUUUACGCCGACGGAUCUAAAAUGGAAAGGCCGGUGGCGUCGCCUCCGCCGAAGACGGGUGAGGUGCGUCCCCAGAAUUGCUCGCCAACUGAGGCAGGAGGCGCUCCCAAGCCCCUUUUCCCCGAAGGCAAAGAAAAGACGCGGCGAAGAGAAGAUUUGUCUACUUCUGAUUCAUAUUUACACAAGCCCAGAAGCGGAGGCAGUGGGAGUACUUUGUUACAGUCGGCUUCCCUCGAUUGUAUUUCCACAGCUGUACCGGUGUCUCCUACGUCGCCCACCAGGAAAGCCCUUUCCGGUGUCCACCUUACUCUCUCUCCAAAGCGGGUGGAAUUGGACCUCUCGGGACCAGUGGAUAUUGGUCCGGAAGGGAGAGAGGUCGAGGUUCUUAAGCCAACCUCUUCAGGUGUUUCCGGUCUGUCCUUAGAAGCUACCUCCAAGCCCCUAGAAUCUAAGCGAAAGACUCAAGAAUCCUUCUACUUCCCCCGAGAGGCAUCCCCUCAAGAGGUUCCGAAGGGGGCUAGACCAGCCCUACCACACGCUCAAGAGCCCCGGGCAAGCCGAGAUCUCGGUGAAGUAGCCCCGUCCCCAAGAGACGCCGGGACUCGGUGUUGGAGUGCAAGGGACCGCUUGAAGGCUACGGCUUCUUCCCAAACCGAAUGGGGGUCUUCGGAUGCCAUCACUCAAAUCACAACCGAAAGCCCGGAGAAGACCACCUAUUCUGCCGAAAUCUUUGUCACAGCUGAGAAUGGAGAAGCUCCUUAUCCGAAGGGUCACAAAACCCCUGACGAGAUGAUGCUCUCCAAAAUCUCUGUUUCGGACGGACAAAGCGGAGAGAAGCCCUUGGUGUUGCCCUACAAACCUCCCGGCUGCUCCGAGGUGUAUUACGUUCCCUGUGGAAAAGGAACCUUAAAACUCUCACGGGUCCGGUCUGAGACCACUGUGGAGAGCUCCCAUUCAGGCUCCAACGACGCCGUCCCUCCGGAUUUCCCCCCGCAGGUCCUGGGUUCGAGGAAGGAUCAUCCUUCGGACAUGGCAAUCGUCAGACACAAAGAGGGCAUUUAUAGUAAGACGGCCGCUCCCAGGGUGGCCUGGAUGGAGGAGAAAGCGGGGGCAGCGGCACCGACGGUGGUCGGUCCCAGAGGUGGCCGGAAUCCCUCGGGAUCACUCCGAACUUCCCAGCCUGCCUAUGAAUCGGAUCAGCCUCCUCUGAAGUCGUUUUUGAAGGAUGAUCCAAAUCCCGCUCCCGGGAACAAGGCUUUGGGACAAGUGGAUGCGGCUUCUGGUGGGCCAGCUCCUUCCCCCCAAGAUUUACAGCCACGUAAGGGGAUCCUAGAGAGCAGCCCUUCCCCACGGUCCGCUCUGCACCCGUCCCAAAGGGACGAAUGCUUUAUCCCACUGACGGGUGAGGUAGAUUAUAGUUUCCUUGAGGAAAUAAAAUCCAAGCAGGCUUCCCGACGAGACUGGGCCGAGGCCCAAACGACGAGCUCGGGAAGAGCGAGCCAACUUCCUCCAGGAAGCCGGUCGAUUAAGGAGAAGUGGGUAGCGGAUCUGCCAAGGGGGCCAAGCACCCAUCGAAGCAGCCCUUUAGAUGUUCUUUGGGCCAAGUAUUUGGAGCGACAGAACCAGCAGCAGCAGCUGAAGCCCAUCGAAAGCAACCACAAAACUCAGCUCUCGCUGGUGGAGCGGCUGGACCGCCUGGCCCGCCUCCUGCAAAAUCCCCUCCGUCAUUCCCUGGCUCUUGCCCUGGAGGACCAGAAGGAGCCCAGGAGGAGAGCAGCCCGGCUAGGCAGCCCGCGAGGCAAAAAGAUGGCGGCCAGGAAGAAAGCAGCGUUGCGGCCCAGUGUGGAGACGUCGGAGGAAGCCCUGGUGGGUCCCCGUGGCGCCUGGCCGUCCAAAUCCCGGCACCCGAAAACCGGCCACGGCGGGGCUGUUGAACCCGGGGCUCGAAACCGGGACGGGGGCCCGGCCUCUGAGACGCCGAGCGAGACGUCUUCGGACCUGAGACCGAGGAGAGACGCCAGCGUGGCGACCGGCGUGACCUCCGAGUCCGAAGGGACUCGGCUCGAGACCGAAAGCGCCACGGCGACCGAGGGCAGCGAGUCGGCGUCGACCAUCAACACGGCCAGGUUGAUCCGGGCUUUCGGGCAGGAGCGAGUGGAGGUGUCUCCCAAACUCUCCCAGCUCUACAGCACCAUCGACUUGCAAAAGACGCGCUUGGAGAGCUGGCCCAAGCGGGGUAGGAGAGCCAAGGGGGAUGGCGGCGGCUACCCGAAAAUGGUUCACCUCGAACGAAAAGGGAACGAGGCCCAGCCCAGCCCGUCUUCCACGUCCUCCGAUUCCGCCUCGAGCCUCGGCAGUUCCCAUGGGCCGAGCCUGGCCCUGAGCAGCAAGCGGAUGUCCCAUAAGGCCGUCCAGGCAGGAGACUUUGAGAUUGUGAACAGCGCCACCAAGAAGCACACUCGCGACGUGGGCUUGACUUUCCCCACCCCGACUGCAAGCCAAGCCACGCUCCACGGAGGGUCGAGGAGCAGGGCAGAGCAGGGGCUGGCUCAGCACCAUGGGCUGUCGGCAGAAAGCGAGGAGCAGCAGAAGUGGCAGCCGGGCAGCUUUCUGGAAGGGAGGAGGCCCAGAAGGAGCCGGUCGCAGUGGACGCAAGGCGUGUCUUGGUUCGUCCCGGCAAGAGAUCUAAAACCAGAUGCCCUGGAAGAGGCCGGGGGUGGCUUCCCACCCGGCCCAGUCCUUGCCUGGUCCGAGCCCCCACCCAGAGGGAAGCCGUGGCGGGAACCUCUCCGCGAGCAGAACUGGCCGGAGCGUCUCGGGGGCCUCCAGGUGCGUCUGGCUGCUCCAGCAAGAGAUGUUGAGAAUGAGCCUCCCUCCCUUUUGGGGAAAAUGACCCUGCAGGAAUCUCUCGCAAUGCACCGUCCGGAUUUCAUUUCGAGCUCCGGCGAACGUCUGAAGCGCCUCAAGCUGCUCACGGAAGAAAGGAAGCUGCAGAGCGUCUUCCAGGAGGAGAGGGAACAAUUGUUUAACCCCCCCGAGGCGAUGCGUUGCGGGAACAUAGGGGGUCUUGCUGACCGAG